CCUGCUGGGGAGGCGGACGCCGCACGUGGUUCCUUGUUUACUUCUUCCAGGCAACCUCAAGUAGCUCCGGGAAAAAAAAACCCUGCGAUUGUGAAACAACGCGCAGUGUGAUCGUCUCUGACGCCUGAAAAUGACCGAUGACUGAUCGUAGUCGUCAUUUCUGCACGUUUUCGCCCACAUAACAGAUAAAAGUCACUAAAAGGUUCCAGCUUGGAGAUCAAUCUGUCAAUUUUCAGGUAGCUUCCAAUCCCAGUUGGCAGAGCAGCACAGAAGACAGUAUGCACUAGCCACUAAUGAAGCUGUCAACCGAACCAUCAACCCAACCACUAACAAAACCAUCAACCCAACCACUAACAAAACCAUCAACCCAACCAUCAACCCAACCAUCAACCCAACCACUAACAAAACCAUCAACUGAACCAUCAAGCCAAAUGUCAACAGAACCAUCAGUUGAGUCAUCAACCCAAAGUCCAGCGCAUCUUGCAAUUGGUUUUAAUGACCUUCUUGUAAAAAUAAGGAACAUUGGCGGACUCAGAAGCGAGGACGUGUUCUGCAAUCUGAGGAUUCCUAAUCAGUUUCAGUCCGGCAAAGAUGAAAUCAGCUUGGUCAUUCUCACCGGUCGUGGGGUCUUCUGCAUCGACGUGAAGGACUGGAAAGGGGAAGUGACCCAGCACAACAAAAAGUGGCAUGUUAAACUGAAAGAGGAGGACACUUCCGUGCGUCACUUUGCAGACCCCAUCCAGGAUAUUAUGGCUAAGGCCACCAACCUGCGGAGCCACCUGAAACGUGGUGACGUGUCCUUGGACCCCUCCCACCUCCUACCCAGGGUGCUCCUGCUGUCCCCCGACUGCCUACUGAGCCCCCAGCUGCAGAUCAGGAAGGAGGUGGUGACCUACGCCAAGCUGGACGCCUUCCUGCGCUCCUUCAGUGACGACUUCAUGACGUGGGCUGUGGAUGCCUUCAUGCCCUGCUGGAUUUUGGGGCAUCUGUCGUACGGGCAGCUGCGGGACGCCAGGGAGGUUCUCAGCCGGACGGGAACCUGGGACCAGGUCCGACUGCGGGACGGCAGUCAGCUGCAGGGCGACUACCGGGGAUGCAAGCACCUGGCUGUGCUCCGGCCGGAGACGGAGGAGGUGGAGUUCUCCGGACCCGGCAUCCUGGCCUCCCUGUCACUGUGGGAGAUGCUGGGCUACACCCCGCAGGUGGCGGUGAGGAUGUACCAGCGCGGGGGGCGGGGCAGGCUCAUCAGGCACACGAUUAGCACCGCCAGCAUCCCCCAGGGCUCCCAGGUGGUGUUCCGCAUCGAAGGCCAGGAAGCGGACGCCCACAUCCCCGUCGACCAGAUCCACAGCAUCUCCCUCAGUGUCUGAGCUACGCCCCGUCCCAUUCCCCCCCACCCCCGCCCCAUUCAGAAACACGUGUCAGUCACACAAAGUCCUUCCCUAACCAGUUUGGCACUGAGCUGCUUGCAGUUCAUUGGGUGCCUUUUACACACAACCGUAGCCAAAGCUUAUAAGACCAUGUUUACCCAGGCGCCUAAGCCUGUACCAGUGCAUGCAUUUACACGUAUUUAUUUACUGUCUUUGUCCAAAGUGCCAUCAAAGUCCAGGUAUCUUCAUUGUCGUCUCUCUAUGUGAUGCAGUGGUCAUACACUGACAUGAAAUUACAUUUCAUCAUAGUGAAAAUAAAUCAAUAUAACAGAAAUACAUGUGACGUACUAAGACAUGAGACAGUGAUAGUAUGUAUUGAGUGGUUUUACUGGCGGUCUUGCUAUAUUGAUGAGGAACGUCUCCCAAAAUCACACUGAUGACCAUAUGGCCUUUUAUGAGGGCUCCUUUAUUAAGGUUAAAAAUGUGCACAUGUUCUCAGUGAUUGGUCACUUAAUCCUUAUCCCAUUACUGUGCAAAUUCAGGUUUUCCCUGUAUAAAUAAUAUGAUUUAUUUUACUGGUUUACUCUUUGACAGGGAGGUACACAUUUUUUGUUUGUUCGUUUGUUCGUUCCUUCGUUUAUUCAUUAGUUCGUUUGUUUGGGUGUGUAUUAUCACCACGUCCAGUGUGGCCCUUGUCACUAGGAUGUCACUGUCCUUUGUGUGGGGCCUUAUCGUUCACAGGCCAGCAUGCAGCUGUUUUACUGGGAAGCUCUGACUUAUUUAAAAGUGUGUGUGUGUGUGUGUGUGUGUGUGUGCGCGCUUGUGUGCGGCUGCGUGUGUACGGGCUCACUGGUGGAGACGUGGCGCUUUACGGCUUCUGCGGCCACAUUUUCUGCCGGCCCCUGCACAAUGGCCACUCAGAGGACUGCAUUAGCUGCUCACGGACUCCAUUUACAGGGGCUAACAUGGUCUCAAAUGAAGUUAUUCCCAUCGGAACAUCAGUGCCUUCAGCUAUCUUGGGGAGGGAGAAAAAAGGCCCUUUUUUUAAUACCCCGAUCCGAUCUCCUCGGAGAGAGCGGCCCGUCUACCUGAAACCGAAUUAUAUUGUGCUCAAGCUCUUUUGUAUGAAUGUCUGUUUACAAAUCUGCCUCCGAAAUAUGGGUCUGAUGUCUAUAUUAGUGGUUCCAUUCCAGGGGCUCUCAGAAGACCCCUUAAUGAAAACAGUGCCGGCCCCCGGGGUGACCGAAACCUCCGGGGGGGCGUCCUGUCGCUUCGCGCCCUCUUUCUUUAUUCGGACGUUCGCCGCCAAUAGCCAGUGACUCGUCAUGGAAACGAAAAGCCAGACAUCAUUUUGCCUGUCAGUAGGGACUUACAGUUGUCCUACCUGGAUUGUUAAACCAUUGCUGACUCAUGAUGGAAGUCAGACGUUGACUUCAAAAUCAGAAUCGGAAUCUUUGUCGCCACACAACCACGACUGGUGGAAACUUGAGUUGGGACAGCUUGCUACCAUUAGAGACACCGUGGCGAUGAACAGCUAACGACAAACAAUUAGGGCAGAAUCCAGACAGAAAUUUGAUGUAUUGGGUGUAUUCUAGGGGUGCUCUAAGUUUUUCCUGCAGGGCUAUUUUCGUUCUGGCCAUAAUGGUUAUGUUUUGGGUAAAUGGUAAUGUUUUGAAAAAAUAGAAUAGAAAAACAUAAUUGUGACAGUUCAGGGACUCCUAGCACUGGUGUAAAUGCUACAGAUAGUGUUUCUGUGUUGGAUUUUCAGUUUUGUGUGUGUUUUUUUCUGCCUGCCCAGGACGGGCCAUCACUCUGUCCUGACCUCAAGCCUUGUUCACUUUAUUCACACUGUUAAUUUGAGCUUGAACCAGCCACGUGCUGCAUUGUGUUGCUGGCAUGACUGUACUCAAUGGUGUUCCAAUAAACUUGAAGGGUGACAGCUGGGAGAAGACAUCUUGA